GCUCCGUCGGCAGCUCCGCUGUGAUGAAGUGGUGAAGAGGAUGAAUGUUGACAUCUCUCGUGUUGGAGCCAUGAUUCAUGUCAGUCCACUUGGUGCAACAACUCUCCAAGCUACCCUGUUAACUCCUCCCUUCAACCUCACCAACCAAUCGUCAGUCUGCUUCCAUGAUGAUGGUGCAUUCAAGUACCGUGCCUACACUGCCACCUACCUUCUGGUGUUUCCUGUGGCCUUCAUCAGUAACAUUGGAGCUUUAACCAUCUUCUCCAUACAGUGCUGCCGCAGAAGAUCCGCCUCCUGCGUGGUGAUGAUGAACCUGGCCCUAUCGGAUGGCAGCUUCUCCCUCACUCUGCCGCUGCGAUUGGUUUAUUAUUUUAAGGGUGGCGUGUGGGACUUCCCUGAUUGGCUGUGUCGGAUGUGCGUCUACGGCUUUUACGUCAACCUUUACACAAGCAUCCUCUUCCUCACACUGCUGAGCACGCUGCGCUGGCUGGCUGUGGCACGACCCCUCCACCACUGCUCCCUGGCCACGCCCACAAGGACCUUACUGGUUUGUGUGAGCAUCUGGGUGCUUGUGGGCGGAUCAUCCACCCCCUUCCUGUCUCAUGGGGUGAUUAACAGGCAGGGUGGGUGGAGCCGAGUCAUGGCAGGCGCGUCCGUGAAGGUGGCGGUGCGGGUUCGCCCGUUCAACUCCAGAGAAAUCAGCCGUAACGCCAAGUGUGUGAUCCAGAUGCAGGGCAACACCACGUGUAUCACCAACCCCAAACAGUCCAAAGAUGGAGCAAAGAACUUCACCUUUGACCACUCGUACUGGUCGCACACCAUGGCGGACGACCCAAACUUUUCAUCCCAGAAACAGGUUUAUAAAGACAUCGGAGAGGAAAUGCUGCUGCACGCCUUUGAAGGUAAACAUGCUCCUAAUGUGACAACAAAAACAUGCUGGUUGUUAGCAACCACACUGCAAAAAAACAUGCUUAACAAGACAGAUUCUGAUAUUAACGUUAAUUGUGCUAAUCAGCGUACACUAAUAAUACUGAUGCUCAUCAUGAAAAAGAUGCUACUGCUAACACAGUGCUCAUGUUUUCAUGAUCACGCUACAGCUGCUAAUUUUGAAGAUGCUGCUUUUUGCAAUGAUGCAAGUUGUAACAAUAAUAUUGUAAAUGCCAAUUUCAAACAUGACCAUACUGUUUAUUAUGCUUUAUUAUAUAAUUGA